AGAAGCGCCUUGCGCGGUCUUGCGUGUAUUGCGUGCGACAUGCGUACCUUUUGUAAACACGGCGAUAAAUUCGAGCCAUCAUUGACAGACACGCUCGGCGCAGUGUUGGGCAACGAGACACGUUAGCCCCCACAACUGGUGAACCUGACGUGAUCGCAUCGCAUUAAUAUAAUCGUCGACAUGGCCAGUGGCUCAAGCCCCCCUUCGGGCGAUCAGGGUAGCGGUACGUCGCCGCGUUCAUCCGAAGAAAUAACUCAAGCGCCGCAACUAACGCCUGCAACGUCACAGCUGCAAGCGGAUUCGAAAUCGCAUCACCGGCCCAGAGACAAUGUGAACAGGCCAGAUAAAUUGCAUACUUGGCGCAAGAGGACGAGGCAAGACGAUAUGGAUCAUGAGCAUACUAAGAUUUCUCGUAACAGACGCUACUCCAGCGACUCUAGUACGACCACCAAUUCAUCAGAAAAUGAUAAAAGACAUGUAGAGUACGAGACAGAUCCAAAUGUGCUGGCACGUAGACAAAAAGAAAUUGAUUAUGGAAAAAACACUAUUGGAUACGAUAGAUAUAUUCAGCUGGUUCCUAAAGAGAAUCGUACGCAAGAGCAUCCAAGGACACCACCAAAAUAUAUAAAAUACAGUAGAAGAGGUUGGGAUGGUAUGAUGAGGUUAUGGCGAAAGCAACUUCAUUCUUGGGAUCCUCCUCAGGAGAACGACAACAUUGACAAAUAGGCUAAAGUCAUCUUGUCAUUCCAUUCA